AUGUUUCUGAUUGGCAUUGUAACUUUGCUGAUGUUGCAGUGGAUCUUUGGAAGCGAAGGGAUAGAAGUUGGUGAAGCUGUUGUCUCAGAGAAUGUGAAUGGAUGGAAAAGGGAGGAAAGUCCUCCGGGGAUCCUUCUCCAGAAAGAUAACAGCAUAUCUGGAAUAAAGAAGGUGCCCGAUGCGCCUUUGACAGAUGUCCAGAUAGAAACCCAGACGGUAGUCAAAGAGAUUGUUGUAGAAGUUGAGGGGCCUAACGAGGAUGUCCAAGUGCAGCCUACGGUCCAUUACGAAAUCCAGAAAAAAACAAGCAGUGGUGCCUCUCCUUCUUACAAAGACAGUAACGGGCUUGCAGCUGGUAAAGAAAAAUGUUAUAUCCUUGUGAAAGAUAUUCAUGACGGGGACUUAUCAAGAAUCAUCUCUCUUGUGGAGAGUCUGAACGGAAACGUGAGGAGGCAAUACACAAAAAAUGUCACCGGAAUGUCGUUUUGCUCAAGCAAUGAAGAUGUGCUAACAAAGGCUAACGAGACAGGCAUGCAUGUGGAAGAGGACAAGAUUUAUGGGGUGUCUGCAUUUCAGAACAGUAUUCCAAACUAUAUGUAUCUGAUGAAGCACUAUGAGAACAUUCUCUUCAACAACUAUUUUUACGACAACUGGCUUUUCCAGGUGCUUCAGAUCAAGAAAAUUAUGACAAGGUUUUUUGGGUCCUACGAAUACUACUACACAGGAAAAGGCGUGAGCAUCUUCCUUUUGGACACUGCUGUUAAGGCCAGGCCCAAUGUUUGUAAUCUCAGCGGGCGGGUUGAUUCGUGUAGCACUCACGGGGACACGAUGGCCGAGCUUCUGGUUGGAAGGACCAAUGGAUUUGCCAAGAAAAGCCAUCUAAGUGUUCUUGAUGUGGUUGGGUGCGAUGGAAAAGUUGCUCUCUCAGAGAUGAUUUACGGGCUGGAGAGCCUUGGAGAUAGCAAGGGAUCUGGAAUCCUUGUUUUUGGCGUUUCAGGGCCUUACUCCUGGAUUCUGAAUUCCAUCGUUGAUCGUAUAUCUAGCCGUGGGAUUGUUGUUGUUUCACCGGCCGGAAACCUUCAUGACCAGUCUUGCAACUAUUCUCCUGGAAGUUCAAGGAUGGUUAUAAAUGUUGGGUCUGUGAACAAGCAUGCUGGAAUAUCGAAGUUCUCUAACCAUGGAGACUGUGUAAGAAUAUUUGCGUUAGGAGAAGAGGUUCUUGGAAGCAGUAGCAUUGCGGGGACAAGUUUAUCUGCAGCGAUAGUUGCAAGUUCCAUUGCCCUUUUUUUAGAGUCAUCCCCGAGGGCUGAGUUUCCUCAGAUAUGGGGGUACCUGAAUGAGAAUUCCUUCUGGAACUCGAGAGGAUCAUACAGCGUACUGAAGAUACCACACCUAAGAUGUGAGGACCAUUCUUGGAGAUCCGUUUUUGGCUUUGGAGAGCUUCAUGGAGACGUUUUUACCAUUGGAUUCAUUUUUAUCGCAAUAUCUGUUUUAUCAUAUCUACUGUUUGUUGGAAUACGGUACCUCAGAAGAAGAAGAGAAGCCCGCUCGCAAGAUAUUCUGUUUGAUCCGCCAAUAGACAGGUUCUAG